AUGGCAACCCGUGCGCAGUUGACGGAGGAUCUGGCCGAAUGGAUGCCUUUCACGGAGCUGGCCGACGACGAGCUGGCGGCAAUAGCUCAGACGAUAUCUUCAGAACCACAGCCAUUAGACGAUGACCACACCUCCGGCAAACGGAAACGAAUUGCUUCUGAAGACCCGAUGGCUCUUUGGCGCCGGAUGAGCGGUGCCUAUCUGGACGAGUUGCUACGAGGGGAAUCUUUAGGGAGACACCACGGCCGACCCUCGUGUGCGGCCUGUGGCGAGAUUCUCACCGAGAAUGCCGAAUCCCGCGCCUUUCGCUGCGUCGACUGUGGCCCCUUUCUGCAGUGUGAAGAAUGUCUUCGCAAUCGUCACGAGCAACUACCUUUACAUUCUGUCCAGGUGCGUGAACGGUUAAAUUACUGUUACUCUGGCCUAAUACUUUCUUCGAGAAGGUCUGGACCGGAUUCUGGCGCCAAUGUACCCUUUUCAGUCCGUCCGUCUCACAAACAAGCAUUGGUCUCGGCAUGGUGUACCAACUGGGACACCACGGAUUUCCAUGCCCACAUCCCGACCCGCGACUGCGAAGGAUGGUUGUUCUCGAUGCUGGAGGCGUUUUCAAAGUCGAUAUCAGAUUUUGCGCGUGCAGUCACAGUCUGCGUCAUAAGCAUAUGCACCCUCUCUCAGUUACUCGACAACGCUUGGUAUCCCGCGACGACCAUAGAACCCGCCACAUGUGCCACAUUCCGAGUUCUGGAUCUAUUUAGGACUCUCAAGGUCGUGGGGAACAUGAACGCCCACGACUUCGUGGGUUCUUUGGAGCGAUUGAGCAAUGCGACAUUCACGGAGCAACUCCCCGAUCGCUACAAGGCCUUUGGGCGUAUGAGUCGACAAUAUGAUUUCCUUAUGCGGGCUAAACGAGCCGGGCGUGGCCAUGCGAUGGAUGGACUCGCAACUACGCCUGCGGGUGGUCUGGCCGUCCGUUGUUGGGCAUGCCCAGAUCCUGAGCGUAACUUGCCUGAUGGAUGGGAGAAUGCCGACCCAUCGAAAUCAUACAUUUACUCCUUAAUGCUGGCGCUGGAUGCCAAUUUCAGACUGAAGAACCGCCUUCGCGCAAACGAGCGGCAAGACCCUGCCUUAGGAAAUGGUCUUGGUUAUUUUGUGGAGACCAACGAGUACAAGGAGCACCUGCGCCACUACGUUGCGGAAGAAGAUGUCAGCACCUGCAUCGCCUUCGCCGCCUUGAUGCAAAAGGAGACAAGACUGACCACUGGUCUCAGAGUAUCGGGUGUAGGCGGAUGUGUAUGUGCCCGCCAUGGCAUCGUUCGGCCGUUAGGAUUGGGGGACUUGCAAAAGGGGGAGCGCUAUGCCAACAUGGACUGGGUAUUCCUCAACGCAGUCGGGGGGUUGGGGGUGCGACGACUGGUCAUCUCCUACGACAUUGCAUGUCAAUGGAAGCAACGCAUACGGGAGCGAGCAACCAAACUCAGCAAGAACUCGGUCAUUGUCACCAAAUUGGACGAUUAUGCGCUACAAUUCGCUCUUCCCGUCUGGCACGCGGUCGCGCACGAGUCAAGUUGUCAAGCCGCCAAUUCCUUGACCCAUGCAGUCGGUGUCGGGAGAACGGAUGGAGAGGGCAUUGAACGCACAUGGGCAAUCCUUAAUCCUAUUGGAUUCUCUACAAAGGAGAUGGGGGAAGGCAAUCGACACGACACAAUCGAAGAUAAGAUUGAUCAUGUCAAUUUCGAAAAGAACGUGAAGCAAGGAAACACACUUGCGAGGAAGAUGCUUAUUGCUUUGGCGGAGCGGGAGACGCAAAUCAACGAGUUCGCGGAAGUUGACGACAGCUUGGAAUCAUCCUUGCGCGAGCAGUGGCAACGUCAAGUAAAUGCCUGGAAUGCGGACAAUACGAGCCCGAACCCCUACGUUUCGACGGCUAAGCAUGCUGGGCCUUCCGAGGCUCAAAUUCUGGCAGAGUUGAAGAAGGCGGAAUUGGAACAAUUGCGUAGCGGCCGCGGGAAUGAAUUGGCAGCAGGCAGAACAACGGCGGCGGCAUUCAUCAAGGGUGCAUUGCAAUUGGAGGACCAGCAACGUCGCAUUCGCUUCGAAUCCAGUGGACAAACGACGCUGACAGCCGAGCGUUCCAGCCAGCUCGAUGAAUUGCGUGUAUCUGUGCUGAAGAAACUGCAUACACUGCAAAUGCACCAGAUGGUCUUCAUGCCAGGUGUUGAGGAGCUGCGAGCUGCAGAGGAAGAGCGCCGUGAUGUGGAUGCUGCUCCCGCCCCAGCGGAGGUUGCGAAACUGUGGCUCCCGAGCGACCUAUCAAUGGAGCAACGUGAGGCUGUUUGCCGGCCAACCGACACCCUAGCCAAGAUUCGAGGUCAUCUCCAUGCGAAAACCCACCUAAUCGACACUCGUAAUGCCAACGCCGUUGGGCAAAACUCGAGCACCAGGUUCGGCACCUUAAUCGGGCGAGUGGGGGAUCAAGCGCGGCGUCAAGCAACGAAAUAUCGAGAAGCCAGAGCGGCUCUGGUGCGUUUGAAGGGGCCAGAAUUUGCACCCCAGUUCCGAGAGCUGCAUGACGAUGAUUUACGGGUGCAUAUCGAAUCAGAGAGCGAUGCGCAGGCCCGAGCGGCAUUGGGCAAGCUGGGCUCGUCAAAACGUGCGCGCAAUGAACCCUCGUUGACGAAGAAGGUGGUGCCUGUCUCAUGGAUAUGGUUCGCAGGGGGGGAGGCGAAUAAAGAAGAGCUUCACGAUUCGGUGCGUGUUCAAUGGACCAAAUCACUCGCUCGACGUGACCGCUGGAUUGAAGAGGUACAUCUAUUGCGGGAGGAGAUGCGGCGAGUUAUCAAGAGUAUCGAGGUGGACGAGGAAUUGGCGGCAGGAUUGAUGGCGUACGCCAAGCGUCAGAGCUUCGUCUACGGGGAGGUCGAGAAGGCCUUUCGGGGCAUCUGGAGUGCCUCCACUGUGGCGGCAAUCCGCGCAGCUGCAGAUAAUAGCGCUGAGCCAAUGACGUCAGCAGCUGACACGGCUGAGCUGACACACGGACCGCUGUAG